AGUCCAACCAAUCAGUAGCGCCAUCUACUGGAGAAGUUACGUACUAUCACAUAAAGGGACGCUACUUCGGUACACUUUAACCUCGGUCCAAUUAAAUUGGCAAUUAGUGCGUCAAUUACCAAGCACUGACUCGCUGUUUAUAUCCGAAUAAGAAUAUCAGAACAUGUUGACGUGAAGGAAAUCUCUCCAUUCAGAAGUGUCUUUGAUAUUCUCAUCACCUAAAGGAAGACAAUAUAUUUAUAAGGAGCAUUCAUGAAUUAGUCUACCUCUGUAUAUAAAUACAGUCUAUAACAAGGAACAGCGGAAUAUUUUUCUUUCUCUGGAAUGUGGAGGAGGUGAUUGCGUUCCUGGUGAAUUAAAGUUGGAUAAAUUUACAAAGGAGUUGACAAUUUCCAUCUGCUGUUUUAGAUAUCGAGUAAGAUCGUGGAUGGAAAGAAAGAUUGCAUCAAGUUAUUCUCUGAAUGAAGUGACACAACGGAACAUAAACAUAUUCAUAGAAAUGAAAAACACAUUAUCUUUGUGAUAUGUAUGAUAAGGAAUUCUCUCAUAAUGAAUAAUUUAAGUAAACCAGAAAUCCCCGACACAGAGGCAAAGGUAUAUAAUUGUAAUAUCUGUGGUAAAUCAUUCUCUCAAAGAAGUGAUUUAUCUGGACACCAAUGUACACAUACUGGAGAGAAGCCAUUUCAUUGUGAUAUCUGUGGUAAAUCAUUCCCUCACAAUAGUAAGUUAACUAGUCACACACAUACACACACAGAAGGGCCACAUCAUUGCAAUAUCUGUGGUAAAACAUUCUUUCGGGCCAGUCACUUAAAAACACACAAACGUAUUCAUACAGGAGAGAAACCAUAUCGUUGUGAUAUUUGCGGUAAAUCAUUCUCUUGUCAUGGUAACUUGACUACUCACUCGCGUAUUCAUUCUGGAGAGAAACCAUAUCACUGCGAUAUCUGUGGUAAAUCGUUCCUUCAAAAUAGUCACUUGGCUAAACACAAGCGUGUUCAUACAGGAGAGAAACCAGAUCACUGUGAGAUCUGUGGUAAAUCAUUUUUUGAAAGGGGCAAUUUAACUAAACACCAGCGCAUUCAUACAGGGGAGAAGCCUUAUAAUUGCGAUAUUUGUGACGAAUCCUUUUACGCCGCUGGUAACAUGAAACAGCAUAAACGUAUCCAUACAGGAGAAAAACCAUAUCAGUGUGAUAUCUGUGGUAAAUCAUUUUCUGCAGCUAGUAAUUUAACUAUUCACAAACGUAUUCAUACAGGAGAGAAACCAUAUCGUUGUAAUAUCUGUGGUGAAUCAUUCUCGCAAACAAGUAUUUUAACGAGACACAAACGUGUUCAUACAGGAGAGAGACCAUAUCACUGUGAUAUCUGUGGUAAAUCAUUCUCUGAAAAUAACGUUUUAACUAAACAUAAGCAUAUUCAUACUGGGGAGAAGACCUAUCACUGUGGUAUCUGUGGUAAAUCAUUCUCUUGUAAUAGCCAGUUGACGAAUCACAAACGUGUUCAUACAGGAGAGAAACCAUAUCACUGUGAUAUCUGUGGUAAAUCAUUCUCUCAAAGCACUCACUUGACUAAUCACAAGCCUACACACACAGGGGAGAAACCAUAUCAUUGUGAUAUCUGUGGUAAAUCAUUCUCUCGUAAUAGUCAAUUGGUUACUCACAAACGCAUUCAUACAGGAGAGAGACCAUAUCAUUGCGAUGUCUGUGGUAAAUCAUUCUCUCAAAGUCAUCACUUGACUAAACACACACAUACACAUACAAGAGAGAAGCCAUAACCUUGCAUUGGCUAUUGUGAUACUUUUUUGUAAAUGGUGUUUUAACUAUACAGGAAAAUGUUCCUACCAGACUAACCCUGUCAUGGUCAUUCUCUGAUAGACCUAACUUAAAUGUCCAUCAAUGAAUUCCUUCAAGAGAGAACCCAUGUCACUGUGACAAAUCAUUCUCUCGAAAAAGCCACAUGCAUACACAUGUGGGUAUUUACGCAGACAUGUAACUGUAUCAAUGUCAAAACUUAUUAAAGCAAUACAAUAAACAACUCUGUUUGGUCUGCUAAAACACAGGCUUUUUCCUUUCGUCAACUCUGACGUUGUCAACUUUGAUGUCGUCAACUUCAAUACUGUCAGUGUCAAUCUCAAAUUUGCCGUCAUCUGUAAAAAUAUUCUUUUCUACUCUAGGUUACAAGGCCCGAAAUUUUGGAGGAGGGGACCAGUCAAUUAGAUUGACCCCCACUACGCAACUGGUACUUAAUUAAUCGACCCCGAAAGGAUGAAAGGCAAAGUCGAC